AUGAAAUCGUCAGCUUCAACCUGCUUCCAGAUGGAUUGUUGCUUCUGCAAGUUCAAUGCCUGUAACAAGCGUUGGUCCUGUCCCUACCUGUAUCCCACCCCUGGUGGGGAUUGGUGCGCUUCCGCCACGACAGGCGCGAGCUACCCCAUAGCGGUGGUGCGCGUGGGGUCCGAAACUGGCUGCCUCAGGGGUGGGGGCAUUUUUCCCCCACCCAAAAGUCAAAAUACGGCAUUAUCAUGGCAAAGCCACUUGCCCAAGUCUAGGCGUUUGGCUUGUGUUAGCCCUGUCAAGUUCCAUUGCAUCCGCCUCAAUGUGGGGCCGCGGUUCUUUAGUAAGUCUUCAUUUAAGUUAUGA